AUGAAGCGCAGAAAGCUGGACGCACUUACUGUUGAAACAUUUGGAACCCGUAUAGAAAAGCUGAUAAGGGAGAAGUAUUUGCAACUAUGCGAACUAGUUGAUGAUGACAAGGUUGAUCUCAGUAGCACCGUCAUUGAUGAAGAUGCUCCCUUGGAAGAUGAUGUUGUUCGUAGCUUGAGAACCAGUCCUAUUCAUUCGAAAGACCGUACCUCUAUAGAUGACUUUGAGAUUAUAAAACCAAUUAGUCGUGGGGCAUUUGGCCGUGUUUUCUUGGCGAAAAAAAGAACAACUGGAGAUCUCUUUGCAAUUAAGGUUUUGAAGAAGGCAGAUAUGAUACGCAAAAAUGCCGUUGAGAGUAUUCUGGCGGAACGUGAUAUUUUAAUAUCAGUCCGCAAUCCCUUUGUGGUUCGCUUCUUCUACUCAUUUACUUGCCGCGAAAACUUGUACCUUGUAAUGGAAUACUUGAAUGGUGGGGACCUGUAUUCAUUGUUGAGAAAUCUUGGCUGCUUGGAUGAAGAUGUUGCUCGUGUAUAUAUCGCUGAAGUAGUGCUUGCUCUGGAAUAUCUGCACUCUUUGCGAGUUGUUCAUCGUGAUUUAAAGCCAGACAAUUUGUUGAUUGCUCAUGAUGGUCAUAUAAAGUUGACAGACUUUGGGCUAUCUAAAGUUGGUCUUAUCAAUAGCACAGAUGAAUUGUCUGGUCCAGCAGUUAGUGGAACAUCCAUGAUGGAAGACGAUGAAUUUCAGUUAUUGGCGCCUGAGCAUCAGCAGGAGAGGCGCGAGAAACGUUCUGCUGUUGGCACACCAGACUAUUUGGCUCCCGAAAUCCUUCUAGGAACAGGGCAUGGUUUCACGGCUGAUUGGUGGUCUGUGGGUGUUAUUCUCUUUGAGUUGAUUGUUGGCAUUCCACCUUUCAAUGCGGAGCAUCCUCAGAAAAUAUUCGACAAUAUUCUCAAUCGUAAUAUACCUUGGCCCGGAGUUCCCGAGGAAAUGAGUCCUGAGGCAUAUGAUCUGAUUGACCGGUUUCUUACCGAAGAUCCCAACCAGAGACUUGGAGCCAGAGGAGCCUCAGAGGUGAAGCAGCACCCUUUUUUCAGGGAUAUUAACUGGGACACACUUGCUAGGCAGAAGGCUGCAUUUGUGCCUGCUUCAGAAAAUGCACAGGAUACAAGUUACUUCACUAGUCGCUUCUCUUGGAAUCCUUCAGAUGAACGUGUAUACGCAGGCAGUGAAUUUGAGGAUUCUAGCGACGGCGGUAGUGUUAGUGGUAGUAGCAGCUGUUUAAGUAAUCGCCAUGAUGAACUGGUUGAUGAGUGUGGUGGUCUUGCAGAGUUUGAGUCAGGCUCUAACGUCAAUUACUCUUUUAGUAACUUCUCAUUUAAGAAUCUCUCCCAGCUUGCAUCUAUCAAUUAUGAUUUGCUUUCAAAGGGUUGGAAAGAUGAUCAGCCAGCCGACAAAUCCUAAUGCAUAGCCAAAGUGCCCUUGCAUGCCAGAGUAUCAGAUUUGAGUUUUCUGUUGGGCUGAUGUUAUGAAAAGAAUGGCCAGCCAACCAUCUCCUGUCUGUGUACCUUGUAAAUAUAUAUAUAAGCCGCUUAAAGACUGACUGACUACCGGGGGAUCUGUUUUAUGUCAUACAAACAAGUAAAUUGCUGUGAGGUUUCAUUUAGUUUGUAUUUCUCUUCUGUUGCCAUGCACAGUCGCGAGAGGCCCUCCAGUCAUUGGCAUUAAGGCCUCUUAUUGUACUUAUAAUUUUGCCUCAACAGCAAUAAAAACAAACCCGUGUGUAAAGGUGACCGGACUUCUCUUUACAAAUUUUUGUUCCUGCAA